GAUCACGUUGUGACUGUAUUUGUAAUGUCCAGGCACAGCAGCCUCUCAGACAUAUAAGGUAAGCACUGCUGUGCAGGUUAAACCUUUUCAUAGAGGCUGAUAAUAUCUGACGACAAAUUAACAUCAAGAUGGGAAACACAGAAUGCUCUCCUGAGUAUCUAGCCCACAUGACUUCUCUUGCUCGAGACGUCUGCCCUUUCCCAAACUACAACCCCAAUCCUCUCUUUGUCAAUAUGCUGUCUCCCAACUCUUCUCUUCACCUGAGGAAGCACUAUAUGGAGGUGCAGUCCUCCCUGACCCCCAAGCAGCUGGAGGACUUCACCCAGGGCCUGAGGAGAACUUUUGGCAAGGAGGGCAAGGUCACUCUUGGCGGAGUGGGGGUAGUGGCUCUGUCCUUGGCUGUGCUGUUUGACACACUUGCUAAACAGGCAAAAGGAGAAUGCUUGUCAGACUCAGGGCCCAUUCCAGGUUUAUUCAUCAAAAACCAGAGAGGGUACUACCCUCCACAUGUCUACACAAUCAGUGAGUACCUGAGGCUGGUGCCCCAUUUUGCAAACAACCCCACAAGGAUGAGAGAGGAGACAGAGAGGUAUGUUGAACAGUUAAAACUUGAUGACCAGUCUUUGGCCAAACUGGGAAAAGACCGCAUACCAUUAUAUGACACCACAGUCUUCAAUUUGAUAACAGGACAGUUUUUUUGGAACCAUCUGAAUCUUCACCUCCUCCGCAUAAAAAAUGGUACAGGUGAUGUGAUAGAGCGCAUUUCAGCUUCAUCUCCAAAUGGUCCUCUUGAUGGAUUGAAGGAUUUCAACUGUAAUAUAGAAACAUUUAACAAAGAAUUUCUAGCAGCAUUACAAAAAUCUGACAACGACACCCAAGAAGCUUCUAAAAGAUGCAUAGAUGGUGUUGGGAGACAUGACUCAUGGCUCACUUAUUUUCUUUAUCUAGAUAUGGUCAACAUUGUGACUUCGCUAGUUCCAGCAGAUAUUUCUGCUGAUUCAAUAAUUGCUCAAAGAGAAGACUUUGACCUGAGGGCCGAUGCACUCGGAAAAUGGGACAAGUAAUUCACUGGUCAGUUUUCAAAAGAACAAAAUCAAGAUCAGAUAUAAGAUAUCAGAUAUAUCAGAUAAGUGCCACAUGAAACUAGAAAUAUGAGUCUGAAUGUGAUCUGUUAUGUGGUUUGUAUGUUGUCUGAUCUAUGUUUUUCCUUACUUUCUUAAUUUUCUUAAUUUUAUAUUUUGAACUUUUGUUAUUAAUUGCUAAUUUGAUUAAUUUGUAUGUUCUGAGUCACAGUGUUCCAGCUACUAUCUCAGUAUUAUUUGUUGUUAUCAGUGGUUUUAAAAUUCAGGAUGAAUGAUAAGUGAUGUCUAUGUAUGUGACGUGUAGAUCUUAACUCUAUGUCUACUAUGAUUUUCAAUGUGUCAAUAAAUUUACCAUCUAUUAUAUGUUGGUUUACAUUUUUCCUUUUUAGCUAAAUAUGUCAACAACCACUCAAUGGAUAACUAUGAGAUUUGAUGCAGGCAUUCACAGUCUUUUCCUCCUUCAAAUGAAUUAUAAUACACCAUCAGCUAUAUAUUUAAUUAGUACUAAAUAGUCCUGUUUACCCUAAGAGAGUUGUUGACUUGGCUGCAGAUGUACUCUUGUUGUCCCAUGAUUUCUUUAUUAAUUUUUGUAUGAAUAUAUUCAUAGGUAAAUGCAUAACUUACUUGAACAUACAUGGAUACAUACUGAGAGAGUUGAUACAUCCCAGUGUUAAAAUUUUCUCUUACGCCAUACUUCAUUCCUUACUUAUACUAAUACAUCACGUUUGACCUCCUUUUACUGAUGUGUUUCCCACAGAUCUAAAUACAGUCACUUAAAGCAUUGUUACUAUUGAAACACCAUUUUGCAAAUAUUUGAUUUUAUUGAAUUAAAGCUUUGAUAAUGGGGCUGACCACACACAAACAAACAGGUCAGUUUUUAGUUGCCUGGCCCACUUUAAAUGGGCACAGCAUUGUCAAUGACCGUAUAUCUUCUGAGAGGAUUAAUGCAGCCUAAAGGUGGAGAAAAAAAAUUGUGAAGGCUUGUGACGGACAGCUGCGUAAUCCUUUGAGCUCUCAGGGAGACAGAGAGACCGGGAUGAAAAUGUUGAAGUCUUUGCACUUGGAUUUGGCGCAUUUUGUGAGGAACUGAUGAGCUGAAGAAUAUUUGUAUCUAAUAAUGGGACAUUUAGGCAAGUCUAUUUCAUGGCAAUAUUUAAGAUAGAAUUACCAAUCCUCAGGGAACAGAAAUGGUGCACAAAUUUCUGCUGCCCAUCGGUAAGUUUACAGCUGUUGACAUAUUUCAUAUAAUCAUAUGUUUAUAGAUGCAUCACAUAUGAUGUGUUUAUGGGAAGUUUCUGCCUUCUGCUUUUAGCUUUAGCAGCAAGCCUCAUCUCUCCUGGGCUGUCUGGUGCCUCAGCGACCAAAACAAGAGCUCAAGUAAAGAACAACUCAGGUGUGACACCAGCUGGGCAGUGUGGAACCUGGAUAAAGGAGCCUGAUGGAGGGUAUUUCACCUCUCCCAACUACCCUGAGAAGUACCCACCUGAGAGGGAAUGUGUCUAUAUCAUAGAAGCUGCUCCCCGUCAGUGCAUCGACUUAUUCUUUGAUGAAAAGUAUUUAAUAGAGCCGUCCUGGGAGUGCAAGUUUGACCACAUCGAGGUACGUGAUGGGCCCUUCGGUUUCUCACCCAUCAUUGGUCGCUACUGUGGGCAGGAAAGCCCGGCAUAUGUCCGUUCAACUGGGAGGUACCUGUACAUCAAGUUCGUGGCUGAUGGUGAACUGGAGGCCAUUGGUUUCUCCGCCCGGUAUAACUUCACACAAGAUCCUGAGUUUAAAGACCUCGGGGAACUGCCUGCUCUGCCAUUUUGUGAGUUUGAGCUGAGCGGGCCUGAAGGCUUUGUAGAAUCAACCCAGAUAACUACAGAGGGCCGGGCACUGCAGACUGAAGCUGUAGACUGCAGGUGGUACAUCAAGGCUCCGCCAAAAGCUCGGAUCUACAUGCGUUUUCUGGAGUACGAGAUGCACAACUCCAAUGAGUGUAAGCGUAACUUUGUUGCCAUCUAUGAUGGCAGCAGUUCUGUUGAGCACUUGAAGAAUAAGUUCUGCUCCACGGUGGCCAACGAUGUCAUGCUGGUGUCCUCCGUGGGUGUGGUCAGAAUGUGGGCAGACGAGGGAAGCAGGAAGAGCAAAUUCAGGAUCCUCUUCACAACCUUCCAUGGACCUCCGUGUGAAGGAGACACUUUCUUUUGCCACAGCAACAUGUGCAUCAACCACACACUAGUCUGCAAUGGUAUACAGAACUGUGUUUACCCAUGGGAUGAGAAUCACUGCAAAGAGAAAAGGAAAGCCAGUAUCCUGGACACGCUGGAUCACACUAACCUGACCAUCAUUGGAGUGACCUGUGGCCUGGUUGUCAUCCUGCUCAUCAUCUCUGUCAUCAUCCAGAUCAAACAGCCUCGCAAGAAAUACAUCAUCCGCAGAGAUGACUUUGACCCUGCCCUCCUCCAUCCUGGUUUUGAGCCUCCUCACUACGAACUCUGCACUCUGCGUCCCCCACCAUCCGGCGACCUGACUGAUGCCGCCCUGGCCGAGGACUUUGAGAAGUUGCGGCGCUCCUCCUCCAAAUGCAUCCGCGACCACCACUGUGGCUCUCAGCAGGGCAGCGUCCACGGCAGCCGCAGCAACCUGAGCAUGUGGGACACUACCGCUGCAACGGAUGGGGGGGCUCUUGUGCCCCCGCCGUUGCCACCGGUUACGGUGGCCCAGCAGUCGCCGCGCUUCUCCCACCACACCACACCAGCAGGACGAAGGAGCAUACUGGUGAUGAAGCAUAGCUAUUCUCAGGAUGGGGCAGAGGGGUACAGGGCAGAGGAGGAGGAGGAUUUGAUGAUGGAAGAUGGUCCAACAACCAGCCAGCACCAUGUGCACCAGCAUCAGAUCCCCCAUGACACGUCAGAGCUGGAUCACCCUGUCCAUCGUACACUGUCUAAUGACUUCUAAUGUAGGAAAAGAGAAUGUGAUUUUUAAAAAACAACAGAAAAAACAUAAUCACCACAAUUCUUUAUCUGUUGAUGUUAAACUCUCUGACUUUUAAACCCAUUUGAAGGUGGAAAAUCAGGAUUUAUAGAAAAUGUGAUAAUUGAAAUCCCAUUCUAUGCAUCACAAUUCCUUUUUUCUCCCUGUUUUGUUUCAACUCAACAGUUUAUUUAUGACCGGAUGAACAGUGUAUUGCAGUGUUUCCUAUAAGUUUGGACAUUAUUUGCACCACCAGUGUAAGAAGAAUGUCACGAGUGUUGACUAUUCCUUUUCCUCUAACGGACAAGAUGAUUUUGUGGUUAGUGCUGGUCCAGAAUCAGAAAGAAAAAAAACACUUCAACAAAUAUGAACACGGAUACAUGCAAAUGAUACCCAGUGGGCAUGAAACUAGAAUCAGGAUCACUUUUAUUGCGUUUAUUUGUGUGCACACACAAGGAAUUUGACUCUGGUUACGCGUUGCUCUCAAUGUACAUACAGAAAUAGAAAUAGGUACAGCUAACAAACAAGGAGCUUCACAGGUAAUCGAAUAGAAUUGAAUUAUUUGUUUUGGUUUGUUUAUAAGCAUUAAUUGAUGUUUAUUAUUGUGUAUCAGUUUUUCAAUUUGGGUUGUCUUUCUGUCUAACUUAUUCCUGCUGGUUAUAUGGCUGUCUUUAUUUAUUGAUUUCAUUAAAUACCUUUAUUUUUCCUUCUCUCUGUGUGGUGGUACCAUGCCACAUAGACAUAUAUACAUAGACGUUGCAUUGCCCUAAAUCGUACGUCGCCGUCAUAUUGGAUGUGGCAGAUCUGCCCGUAAACUAAUAC